AGAUAAACAGUGGCAAGCUCUCGAAUUGUGUUAGAUGAGAUAAAAGCAGCGAAGUGAAAAGAAGGUAUACUAGCUCUCUGAUAUUGUAAAAUAUUUACGUUACUAAUUCACUGAAAACAAGAUUUUCAAUUUCGAACAUGUUAAGCGUCAUGAAUGGUCGAAUAAACACCAAUUAAUUCGAAUUAAUGACAAAUAAGGAAUAAACAUUUCACCACAUCCUGUAGGCAUACGUAAUACUUUGUGAUUUGAUCAUCUGAAGGCAUCCCAUAACACCUGCAAGAUGAAAGAUCCAACAAUGCUGUUGAAGAGAAGCGAUAAGACGCACAACUCUCUGGUGAACCCCAACCAGACAUUGAUAGACGCUCUGAGAUCAAACAGUUAUACUCGCAUUAAAUCGGCCAUGAGUAUGCCUUGUUUGGAAGUAAAUAGAAAAGACACUGAGAACGGCGGAAAAACAGUUCUUAUGAAUAUUUGUCAACUAGAUGUGCUACCUAAAACUCGAAAAGAACUUGCAAAAAUGUGGCUAAAGAAGCAGAACGUUGACAGUAACUUAAGAGACAGUGAUGGUAGGACUGCUUUGGCACUUGCAUGCCAACGCGGUGAUGAAGGAAUGGUAAAGAUAAUAGCCGAACAUUCGGAUGCUAACCCAAACAUUGUAGAUAAUUCGAUGGACACGCCACUAAUGCAUGCCUGUCGAAUGGAAGGAGGUACCAAUGCCGUGAAGAUGAUGAUUACGUGCUUUGGGCGGCUGAAUCUUGAAGUUGAUAUAAUGAAUUCGAAAGGCUACACACCUCUACUAGAAGCUGCACGACUUGGUCAUUCAGAGGUAUGUCGUCUGCUGGUAAAGGCUGGUGCAGACGUCAAUAUUCGUGAUCCAACGGACAAUAGUACGGCACAAGACUUAGCGAUUCAAAGCAGAUGUGGUACACCAGAUCUAUUACUUCUUUCACCAAUCGCUGUUCGAAAGACAAAAGCACGUCGUGAACGUGAGGCACAAGGCAGGCGAUCAUUGAAAGAUCUGAUAGCAAUGUCUGGACUAGAACCCGCAAAUCGUUGGAUGGAAUCUACUGAGGUACAGAGGCUCCGUAGUGUGCCUUCAGUGCCGUUGAACGAAGAACAUUUGAAGCUAGCAAAUAGUCUAGUCUUUAGUAUGUCACGACGAUUAGAUCGUGUACAAGAAUGCCCAAUCGAAGAGGAGGAAGAAGCCAUUGCAACAAAUCUCUUGUCGCAAAGACGUCAUUCAAGCUCAUUACCAGACCUUCGUGAUGCAAAGGAGUUCUCCACCAUUGACAAACUCAAUAAUUUUAGCCAACCCACAAGAUUAUAUCGCCGCCGAUGCAACACUAUCGGUAGUGGGUCUCCCACAAGCCACCCAGUCAGGCUCCCGGCAGUUGCCCGGAGAGCAUCAAUGAAUAAAUCUAUAAAAGUUCCGUCAAAGACGCCUAGUCCGCCACAAAGCCCCAGAAGCGGUUCACCGAACUCUAUCCCAAGACCUUUUAAAGCAGCUAGAAAAAUCACACCACCUAUGAAACCGUCAAGUCCGGUAGCUGCAAAAGUCGGUCACCCCCAUGUCAUUGAAAGUGGAAUCAAAUCUUGGGCGGGCAAGCCAUUCUCUGCUAUACCUUCUUAUAUGUUUCGAUAACGAUCUUGAUAAUUAAAGAGAAUGUAGAAAGUUAUAUAUGGUAAAAUGGCAUCUACAGCUGCAAUACUUAAUGAUACAAGGGCGUUGCUUAAAUAUUCGACAGCUGUGAUUUGAUAUCAGUUCUCCCCCCCCCCACCCCGCCCCGAGGUAAAUAGAUAGAACACUAAAAAAACAAAUGAAACGCGUUGCGGCGCCACCCCUGAUAUGAUGAGUAUAGCAAUCUUUCUCAUGUUUUGGUUGGUUAUUGAAUUGGAUGAUGUAUAAACCUACAGCACUAGGUUGACAGUCAACUCUCCGCAUUCACUCUUCAUUUAAAUCGCGGAACUGUUUUAAUCGAUCUUUAAUAUCAAUCAAAUCAUACUUCAAAGUUAUAUACAUAGGCCUAGGCCUAUAUGUUGUUAAUCGCUGCCGAUCCUUAAAGUUAACGACGAAUACUACCAAUAUUGUAUCAUGGUCGUAUGACUAAUGAUGUUAAGCAGUUUGAGUCUUUGUGAAAAGUGGUAAGCUUAAAUAAAUUGGAUUAUGUUUAUGUAUUUAUUCUGAUGAACUUCUUCAGUGUUUAUGGUGGAGUACAGUGCUAAACCACUGGUUCUCCAAAAUAUUUCUUUUAUUUAUACAAUACAUAUUUUUUAAAUAUUUAAAAAUAAAACGGGCUUACAUAUCAUAAAAUUAGAAAAUUGUCUAUUGAAGGCCUAUUAUUCCGUUUAAAAAAGGUAAGGCAACUGUUAUUAAUUAUGUCUGGUUGCCUCAAAGAACCUAAAAUGUUUUCACGAUGUUGUUAUUUAAGCAAUUAUAAACAACUGUAAAUUAUUACUUAAUUUUAAAAUGAAAGUUUGUUGAAUACUGUUACCAUUAAAAUCAAAUGAUAAGAUAACUUAUACAAAAACAUACAAUAAAAUAUUUCCUUACACAAAAAUACACUACUUAAUGACUUGCGCGCAUGAUAAUGACAAAGACAUAGCAGGCGAGCAGUAGGAUAUGGAAAGCUUACUUCAUUUUUACUAUUCGUAAAAUUAUUGUCCGAAAAGUCCGUGUGUUAUUAUAUUUCAUAAUUCUUGUGUUAAUGGUAAUUCAAAUAAUUAUAGGCUAUACAGUAGGCGUUUCGAUUGGAAAUAUGUUGUUCAUAUUUUCAUUAAAUAUUACAGGCCUUGAUAAAAUAUACAAGCUAACGUAUAAAGUCAUGCACGUUGUAGACUGAAUUUCAAACUGUUAUGUUGAUGUGCUUAUUAUGGAACGACGAUAUCAUGUUAGCUCUGAGCGUACGUACGAAAUAUUAUGCGUUAUAUCAAUAAAUAAAAACUGAAGUAAA